AUGAGUAUCAACAAGAGGUGUCCAACGUUUUUCAUCUCCCACAUCCCGGAGACACCCUCUCAUGAUAAACAAAAUCCUGGAUUGGGAUGUCGACCAGUGAACCUCUGGGAUGGGCUGUCUAUAGCUCACCUCGAUCUCAGGAGAGCCUCUCUCACUGAUUCCAGAAAUAACCUGGUGUCAUUGGUCCGGGGAGUCUUGCAAAAGGAAGAGGAGGAUUCAGCGAAUGACACAGAUGACCCUGAGAUGAAGCCAACCAAGAUCACUGGAGCUAUCCCCUGCAUGAGCCGGUCAAUGGCUGUCUUCUGCCUAAUACUGAACAUCAUACUUCCAGGCACAGGUACGAUUUUGUCUGGGUUUACACUUCUGUGCUGUUCUGAACCAGCAACACCCACAGGCCGCAAGACCAGUGAUGAGAUGAUGGCCCUCGUGUGCCUGAAUGUUUGGGUGGGAAUCUCACAGCUUUUCACUGUCCCCUUCCUCUUGGUGGGCUGGUUAUGGAGCAUAACCUGGGGAGUGAUGAUGAUUAACCUAUCCUAUGAACAGAGGAAUGCUGGGGAAGCACAGACCGUUACCAUGGAGACAAAAACUGAAACUGUAUUCCUUCCUUCUUGGAUAAAUGACUCUGUAAAAUAA